AUGAGUCAAGGGAUUGUUCUGAACUUCGAAUAUAUUGGUUCACAUAUCAAAGAUUACAUUAAAGAGAAUAAUCUCUUUAAUAUAUUCCAAGUAGAAGAUAUCAGAACUAUCAUGAAAUUCGCGAAUUUUACUCCAGAUGACUUCAAUUCUCUUCUUGAGCAAUCAAAUUCCGAUAUUUCAGCGAAUAAAUUGUAUGCCUGCACCCGAAAUGCAAAUGUUUCAAUAAACAACUUACAAGAUGCCAUUUCAACGCUGAAAUCAGUUCAAAAAUACAUGAAGAUGGGAAUAUUAGGUGGCAUUAUUGGCAUUUUAGAUCAAGUACAAAAGGAUAUAUCCAGGUCAACAAAUAAAAUCGAAGAACUUCAAGCAAAUUUAAAUCAAGUUCAAAAAGAAAAAGAAAAUAUUACAAAAGAAGUGCAGAAUCUUAAGUCUCAGCUCAAAGAAAAAGAAGGAGAUGGUUUAUCAAAUGAGUUUCUUUCUAAAAUUUCUGAACUUCAAAAUUCUGAAGAUUUCGAUCAAAUCUACAAAUUCUUUGAUGAGAUUUCAGGAAAAAUGAAUCAAAAAGAGAUGUUUAAAGCAUGCAAAGAAGGACUUUGGAAAAAACAAAACAAGAACCAUCAUGAUAAAAAUGUUCUUCACGCAGCUUCUUCAAAAGGAAAUCUUAUACUUGUUAAAUCUCUCAUUGAAUGUGGCUGUGACAAAGAAUCGCAGGAUGAUAGAUGUAGAACAGCUCUAUUUUUGGCAUCUAAAAAGGUCAUCUUGAAGUUGUUAAAUAUCUUAUCUCAGUUGGAGCUAAUAAAGAAGCAAAGGAUAAAAAUGGAUAUACUCCACUAUAUUUUGCAUCUUUUAAUGGUCAUCUUGAAGUUGUUAAAUAUCUUAUCUCAGUUGGAGCUAAUAAAGAAGCAAAGGAUAAAAAUGGAUAUACUCCACUAUAUUUUGCAUCUUUUAAUGGUCAUCUUGAAGUUGUUAAAUAUCUUAUCUCAGUUGGAGCUAAUAAAGAAGCAAAGGAUAAAAAUGGAUAUACUCCACUAUAUUUUGCAUCUUUUAAUGGUCAUCUUGAAGUUGUUAAAUAUCUUAUCUCAGUUGGAGCUAAUAAAGAAGUAA